CUACUUGUCUUUGAACUGAGGAGAAUAAUCUAUUCUAAAUGUAUGUUAAUCUGCUUGUUUUUACAAGGUUGGUAUUCGCUACUCUUCUCAUGCCGUCAGCCAUCUUGUGAUUUCUUCAUAGGAACUUCUCGGGCUGAUCGAAGAUCUUAAGAAUGCAGAUCUUCGUUAAGACCCUCACGGGUAAAACCAUUACCCUAGAGGUUGAACCUUCUGAUACUAUUGAAAAUGUGAAAGCUAAGAUUCAAGACAAAGAGGGAAUUCCUCCAGAUCAGCAGAGGCUUAUUUUUGCUGGUAAACAAUUGGAAGAUGGAAGAACUUUGUCUGAUUACAACAUUCAAAAAGAAUCUACUCUUCAUUUGGUCCUUCGUCUGAGGGGUGGUGUCAUUGAACCAACUCUUAAAAUUCUUGCACAGAAAUACAAUUGUGACAAGAUGAUUUGCCGCAAGUGCUACGCUAGGCUUCACCCGAGGGCAACUAACUGCCGCAAGAAGAAAUGUGGGCAUACCAACAAUAUCCGCCCCAAGAAGAAGCUGAAGUAGAUCAUCUGCUAUUUUUGUUAUAAUUUUCAUUACUUUUAAAUUGACAAGGAAUAAAAAUAUAUAUAUAUAU